GAUAUCUUUCACCUACUUUCACCCUUUCGCAAAACUAAUUUCAGCACUUUUUAGUUUUCUGUUUUUCUGUCAAAAACACAUGAUUUUGAGCUAUUUUGAGGUUAGACACAGAUCUUAUGGAAGUCAAGUAACUCGCCUUGCAUUAAAUAAACAAUACUUAUAAUCUACUGGCAAUUUUAGCUUUGCUGUGCUGAUAAUUAUGUUUAAUUCGUCACUUGGUGGGGUAUAUUUGUGAAAAAAAGUUAAAAAUUCUUCUGUAAAAAUCAAGAUUUUCAAUGGGAUCUUCAUCUAUUUCACCAUACUUGGUGGUUCUUCCAAUAGUGCUUGGGGUAGGAAUUGUCGUUACUUCGAUAGUACUAUACAAAUUUUACAUAUCAAACCAGUCUUCAUCAACACAAUCUAAAGGGAAAAAACGUAAAGUUUUGCUUGAGGAUCCUCAAACCAAAUACAAAAUCCCUCUGAUCGAGAAAACAAUCAUCAGUCAUGAUACCAGGAAUUUCAGGUUUGGAUUACCUUCAAAGGAACAUGUUCUAGGGUUACCCGUUGGUCAGCAUAUUCAUAUCUCAGCUAAAAUAGGUGAUGAUUUGGUGGUGAGAUCUUACACGCCCGUAUCAUCAGAUGAUGAUCAUGGCUAUGUAGAUCUGGUGAUAAAGGUUUACUUCAAAAACGUCCACCCGAAAUUCCCUGACGGCGGUCAACUUACCCAAUACUUAGAAGCCCUAAAAAUAGGCGAUGCCAUCGACGUUAGAGGGCCUUCGGGCAGGCUACAGUACGUCAGCCCUGGCACUUUUUCCAUCAAAAAACUGCGCAAAGACCCCGCCGUCGUUGUCAAAGUUAAAAAGGUCAAUUUGAUAGCCGGCGGUGUGGGUAUAACUCCGAUUUUGCAGCUGGUCAGACAGAUAGCUAAAGAUCCUACCGACGACACUCAGGCGGCCAUUUUGUUUGCUAACCAGACCGAGAAGGACAUUUUGUUGAGGAACGAGUUGGAGGAAGUCAGUAAGAAGUAUCCGGAUCGGUUUAAGUUGUGGUACACUUUGGAUAAGGCUGAUGAUGGCUGGAAAUAUAGUACAGGGUUCAUCAACGAGGAUAUGAUUCGCGAUCACCUAUUCCCUGCAUCUGACGAUACUAUAACAUUGCUCUGCGGUCCACCUCCCAUGAUUAAUUACGCUUGCAUCCCAAAUUUGGAGAAAUUGGGACACUCUAAGGACUUAAUUUUUGCAUAUUAGGUCCAUAUUUUGGAGCAUUUAUCGUAGAAACUGUUGUCUUGUUGAUUUAAGAUUAAGUAAUUCCUCGUAGUUAAGUUCUAGUUUGUUAUUAAUGAUUGUUUUGCAUUUAUGUUUUGUUAUAAAGCCAAGUAAAUUGUCUAAACUAUAAC